AUGGUCGUCGAAGAACAGCAGACAACUCUGAUGAUGGGGAAGCCUCCUCUGGGAGCAGACUCCAUGUCGUCGAAAGAAGGAUUUGAAAAAGUGGUGGAGGUUAGGAAGCUUCAUGAGCGCGAACCCGGCGUCAAGGAUUUUAUUCGUGUCUUCUCGUACGCCACGAAAUGGGACAUUGUCAUUUACAUCCUCGCAUCCGUCGCGUCCGUCGGCGCCGGGACCACGAUGCCCUUGAUGAACAUCGUCUUCGGAAGCCUCGCUGGGAAGUUUACUGAUUACUUCAUGGACCCCCCUCGCAUGACCAAGCCCGAGUUCGAGGCCGUGCUGAACCAGCUGGCUCUUUUUAUCUUGGGUCUGUUUCUUGGUCGUUUCUUCUUGAACUGCAUCAACAAGUUUUGCUUCCGUAUGAUCGGCGUCCGGCUCUCUUCCGCCAUCCGCCUGCACUACAUAGAGUCUCUCUUCGGCCAGUCCAUCCACGUGCUGGACUCGAUGCCGUCCGGCUCUGCCUCGAGCACCAUCACCGGCACGGCAAACGCCCUCCAGAUCGGCAUCUCCGAGAAGCUCGGCACCUUCAUGGAGUUCAACGGCACCAUCUGGUGCUCCAUCAUCGUGGCUUUUAUCUGGAGCUGGAAACUGACGCUGGUGACGUCUUCGCUCGUCUUCUUCAUCCUGGUCGUUGUCGGCACCCUCAUGCCCUUCAUCGUUCGGCUGCAAGACCAGCAAUCCAAGUCCGAGGCCAAGGCGAACAGUGUCGCCAGCGAAUCCUUCAGCAGCAUCCGUAUGCUGACCGCGUGCGGCGCUCAGAAAACGAUGAGCGCCCGCUAUGCUGAAUGGGUCGAUGAUGCCCGCGCCAAGGGGCAGCGGUCGGCACCGUUGCUAGCCCUACAAUUCAGUCUUGUCUUCUUCGGUACGUAUGCCGUCUUUGGCCUCAGCUUCUGGUUUGGUACCAAGCAGUUUGCCGAUGGCGAGCUGACUAACCCCGGUACCAUCAUUGUCGUUCUCAUGUCUGUAAUGAUGAUCAUUAUGUCUCUCGAGCGCCUCUCGGGUCCCCUUAUGGCCGUCUCCAGGGCUAUGGUGGCCGCCUGCGAGUUCUUCGCCGUCAUCGACGCUCCCCGGCCCGAAAAUGGGUGUCUGAGGGAGCCAGAUGUCGUCGCGACCAACGACAUCGUUUUCAAGGACGUCACAUUUGCGUAUCCCAGCCGGCCACAUGUCAAAAUCUUGGACGGCCUGAACCUUACUAUUGAGGCGGGCAAGAACACAGCAAUUGUUGGCCCCUCUGGUUCUGGUAAAAGCACCGUCGUCGGUCUCGUCGAGAGGUGGUACGACCUGCGGGAGCAGCACAUCAUUGAGAAGACGAUAGGGGCAGAGAAGAUCAACGGAACCGAAGAAGACAAGACCAAGAAGAAGAAAAGUGGCAAGAAGGGCAGGAAGAAAAAACAAGGAGAUAUGACAGAACUUGUCGACUAUCAAGAAGACACCGGCGUCGAGGAGAACCACCCUGUCGUACCACUCUCGGGAAGCAUCACGACGGGCGGAAGAGCGCUUACAGACAUUGAACUCAAGUGGUGGCGCUCUCAGAUAGGGCUUGUUCAGCAAGAACCGUUCUUGUUCAACGACACAAUCUUUCGCAAUGUCGCUUACGGCUUGAUCGGAUCCCCUUUUGAAGAUUCCUCCGAGGAGGAGAAGCGACAGCUCGUCAAGGAGGCAUGCCAUGAAGCGUUUGCCGACGAGUUCAUCGACCGCCUCCCAGACGGUUACGACACUGCCGUCGGCGACGGCGGCGCCAAGCUCUCUGGAGGCCAGCGCCAGCGCAUUUCGAUCGCCAGGAGCAUUGUCAGAAAGCCCAAGAUCAUAAUCCUCGAUGAAGCCACCAGCGCCAUCGAUGUUCGCGGCGAGAAGAUCGUGCAGGCCGCCCUUGACCGGGUUGCCAAGGAUAGAACCACAAUCACUAUUGCCCACCGGCUGUCGACUAUCAAGAAGGCUGACAGGAUCGUAGUCCUGCGCAAAGGACAAGUUGUCGAAUCGGGUACGCACGACAGUCUCCUCCGGAACGAAUUAGGGGCAUAUCAUAGUCUCGUCCAUGCGCAGAAGCUGUCACUUGGUCAACCCACCCAGGCUGACGAUGUAACCGUUGGGGAAGAUUCCAGUUCAGACCAAGGAGUGGCUGUGGCAAAAACAAAGAGUGCCAACGCCCCGGAAGCCAGUGAAGAGUUACCCCUGUCUUCUUAUAAAGAGCCAAACGUCUUUUACAGCUUCUUCCGGCUCCUCGCAGAACAGAAAAACCGCUGGGUCUACAUGGCAAUCGCCUUCUUCGCCGCCUGUUCCGCCGCCAGCACUCCGCUGAUGGCCUGGCUGUUCGCUCAAAUCUUCCAAGUGUUUACCCAUUCCGACAUCAACAAGGUCCGCUCAGAGGGCCAAUUUUGGUCACUCAUGUGGGUUGCACUCGCCGUCGGCGUCGGCUUCGGCUAUUUCUUCCAAGGAGCCAUCGCCGUCCACGUGCAGCACAAGAUCAGCGCCGUCUACAAAAAGGAGUACUUUGAGUCCAUCCUCCACCAGAAGACGGCCUUCUUUGACGACGACGAGAACUCGCUCGGCACUCUUGUUGCCCGCGUCGCCGGCGACCCUAAGCAGCUUGAGCAGCUUUUGGGACUCAACAUGUCGGCCCUCGUGAUGGCCGUGUUCAACGUUAUAGGAGCACUCUCUAUCGCCUACGCGUUCGGGUGGAAACUAGCUCUAGUCGCGACGUUCGUCACGAUGCCUGUCGGUCUGUUUGCUGGAUACUGGAAGUUCAAAUACGAGCUCGAAUUCGAGAAGAUGAACGCUGCCGUGUUUGCUGAGAGCUCCAGGUUCGCCGCCGAGGCCAUCGGUGCCUUUAGGACCGUCACUUCCCUGACUAUGGAGAACGUCAUUCACUCGAGGUAUGACAGGUUGUUGCGGAGCCACGUGUCCGAAGCCUAUAGAAAAGCCCGCUGGACCAGCCUGCUCUUUGGCUUGGCUGAUAGCGUGAGCCUGGGCUGCCAAGGUCUUAUCUUUUGGUAUGGUGGACGCCUUCUGGCCAGCCGCGAGUAUGGUCUUGUAAACUUCUUCGUCUGCUUUAUGGCCGUUAUCCAGGGCGCCGAGGCCGCUGGAACAGGCUUCAGCUAUGGUCCCAAUGCAGCUCAAGCUUCAGCCGCUGCAAAUCGGAUCAUCAGUCUACGCAACGCAGACACAAAAGAUGGCACUGGCGCCACGGAGCAGAUCCCUGACGCAGAAGGCGGCAUCAAGAUCGAGCUGAAGAAUGCCCACUUCCGUUACCCCACCCGUAACACUCCUGUCUUCACAGGCAUUGACUUGACCAUCAACAAGGGUCAGUUUGCCGCCCUUGUAGGUCCAUCGGGGUGUGGGAAGACGUCUGUCAUCUCCCUCCUGGAACGUUUCUAUAGCCUCGACAAAGGCGAUGUUCUGUGCAACGGCAAGAGUAUAUAUAGCCUUGAUGCUGCUGAGUACCGCAAGAACAUAUCUCUCGUGGCCCAAGAGCCAUGCAUGUUUCAGGGCACUAUUCGUGAGAAUAUAUGCCUUGGUAUUGAUGUAGACACGAUUUCCGAUGAGCGAUUGCAUCAGAUCUGCCGCGAUGCCUCCAUCCACGAUUUUAUCGUCUCCUUACCGGAAGGAUACGAGACUGACAUUGGCUCUAAAGGCUUCUCUCUGUCUGGAGGUCAAAAGCAACGGAUCUCUAUUGCACGGGCCCUUAUACGCGACCCGAAAAUCCUCCUGCUCGACGAGGCAACGUCAUCACUUGAUUCUGAGUCGGAAAAGCUGGUCCAGGCUGCGUUCGAGCGUGCAAGCAAGGGUCGCACCAUGAUAUGUGUCGCCCACAGGCUAGCAACGGUCCAGAACGCUGAUGUUAUUUUUGUUUUGGGGGAGGGCAAGGUAGUGGAAAAAGGCAGCCAUCAGGAAUUACUGAAGAUGCAAGGCGUGUACUGGCAAAUGUGCCAAAGCCAGGCUCUGGAUAGGUAG